AUGCUCUGGCUGUGGCUCCUGGUCUUCUUCCUGGCUGCUGUGUCCACUGCUGGGCUCCAGGACAUCCCGGGUGUUCCCCUGCACGCAAGCAGGCGCCUCACUACCGUACAGGAAGAACGGGCACGGACCAAGAGGGGCACGGAGGAUGAUGAAUCAAAGGGGGUACAGCAGUACAUGCCUGAACAGUGGGCUGAAUAUCCUCGGCCCAUCCACCCUGCUGGCCUACAGCCCACUAAGACCCUGGUACCUACGAGCCCCAACCCAGGCCAGGAAGGGGGCACCCAAGGAAGUGGGCAGGAGCCCUAUGGCAAUCUGACGGGCACCCCUGGGCGGAGGCUGCAGAUUCAGAAUCCCCUCUAUCCAGUGACGGAGAGCUCAUACAGCGCCUAUGCUGUCAUGUUCUUGGCCUUGGUGGUGUUUGCUGUGGGCAUCGUGGGCAAUCUGUCAGUCAUGUGCAUUGUGUGGCACAGCUACUACCUGAAGAGUGCCUGGAAUUCCAUCCUUGCCAGUCUUGCUCUCUGGGACUUCCUGGUCCUCUUUUUUUGCCUGCCUGUUGUCAUCUUCAAUGAGAUCACCAAGCAAAGGCUGCUGGGUGACGUCUCUUGCCGGGCUGUGCCCUUCAUGGAGGUAUCCUCCCUGGGAGUCACGACCUUCAGCCUCUGUGCCCUGGGCAUUGACCGUUUCCAUGCAGCCACCAGUCCUCUGCCCAAAGCCCGACCCAUUGAGCAGUGCCAGUCGAUCGUGGCCAAGCUGGCGGUCAUCUGGGUGGGCUCCAUGACACUGGCUGUGCCUGAGGUCUUGCUGUGGCAGCUGGCACAGGAGGCCUCGCUCACAACAGGGACCACAGUGGACUCCUGUAUCAUGAAGCCCUCUCCUGGCCUGCCUGAGUCCCUGUACUCCCUGGUGAUGACCUACCAGAAUGCCCGCAUGUGGUGGUAUUUCGGCUGUUACUUCUGCCUGCCUAUCCUUUUCACCGUCACCUGCCAGUUGGUGACCAGGCGGAUCCGGAGCACCCCAGGGAAGAAGCCAGAUUGCCGGGCAGGCAAACACGGGCAGUGUGAGAAACAGCUGAACAGCACCGUGGUGGGCCUGACUGUGGUGUACGGCCUUUGCACCCUGCCAGAAAACGUCUGCAACAUUGUAGUGGCUUAUCUUUCCACCGAGUUGUCCCGCCAGACCCUGGAUCUCCUCAGCCUGAUCAAUCAGUUCUCCAUUUUCUUCAAAGGCUCUGUGACCCCGGUUCUCCUCUUGUGUCUCUGUAAGCCCUUAGGCCAGGCCUUUCUGGACUGCUGUUGCUGUUGCUGCGAUGAGUGUGGGGCAGAUGAAGCCGCCUCCGCUGAGGGCUCGGACAGCAAGCUCAAGACAGAGAUGUCCUCCUCCAUCUACUUCCACAAGCCCAGGGAGUCACCCCCUCUCCUGGCACUGGGCACUCCCUGCUGAGUCCUGGCCGGAGUUGGGGGCGGGUAGUGGGCGGUGGGACACUCCAGACCAGGGGUGCAUUCAGUUUUUCUUCCCAUCUUGCCAUCUGAAGAUGGACUUCAUCCUUUAGAGGUUUGGGGAUCUCAAAGACCCUUUCCCCAACUGUGGCUCCUCUCCUGGCCAGUCCCUCCCCCCCAUCCUGCCCUAGGGUGGAGGCAAGCACUCAGCCUUGCAGUUUGGGUUGGUGCUCCUAUUCCCUUAGCCUGACCCUUAGGCUCCCAGCUCCACCCAACAGAAGCCCCAUCCCAAUUCCGCAUCCCAGCUUCCCUGCCUUCAGGCUCCUCCUCCGCCCCCAUAUCUGUAGCCCUACUUCCUCCAUUGUCCUCUCUUGGUCAGAACAUACAUUCACCCAUCCUUGGGUCACCUACAUUUCAGAGAAGAAGGAGCUCUGGGCUAGCCUGACGUGGCAGGGCAGGCUGGGUGGUCCCAGCUGUUCUGAGCACCCCCCAACCUGGCCCAGAGCUUUCCAAACUCUGGAUGGCCCUUCCCCUGAUGACUCUUCCUCUUUCUUCCCUUCUUGUCCCUUCUCUUCCUAGGGUGGCCCUGGGGAUGGUCUGUUCCCAGUCCCCCUGCCAAAUUCUCACCUGUAGAAGAACCUGCCUGAGAAACCAAUAAACUAGUUAGAACUA